AUGUCGAUCGCCAGACUGACAACCCAGAAUGUUCAGACCCCUUCGGUCAGGUGUCCAAAGGCUAUAUUGUUCUUGACGCUCGAACUUUCUCGGCGGCGCUUCGGCGAGAAGAUACUCAAGAAUCCAAAGUUGGCUGCUACCGACAACGAAGAGGACAGACGCUCGUUUCAAGCGAACGUCAGUCUCGAAGGAUAUCCGGACCACGUCCCUCUGGGGUCCCAUGUGCUCUGCGUCGUGAUGGAGCGGUUUCACAAUCAUGCCAACGGGAACCGUGGUGCGGACCUUGUGCUACAGUCGGAAAGGAGAGACGAACUGUCAGUGGAUCACUGGUACAGAAUCGUCAAGAAUCUAUAG